AUGUCAGAAAUGAACUCUCGUCCCAAGGAAAGGUAGUAUUAAGAGGAACGAGGUUGCUAAUUCCAAAAACCUACGAGAAAGAGUGCUAGACUUAGCGCAUGAGGGUCAUCAAGGGAUGGUAAAAACCAGGCAGAGACUUCGUACAGAGGUCUGGUGGGCUGGAAUUGAAAGCAAGUGAAAAACCGCUGUAAAACCUGCCAAGGCUGCCAGCUUGUUGGAUUGCCUACACCACCAGAGCCCUUACGACAUACAAAGUUUCCAAGCCAACCCUGGAUUGACCUAGCCGUGGACUUGAUGGGGCCGGCCCUACCGUUAGGAGAAUAUGUACCUGUCUCGGUUGAUUAUUACAGCCGACCUUUCGAACUGGAUAUUCUAACGUCCGUGACAUCCGCUAAAGUCAUUGAAAGCUUGGAGAAGAUUUUCUGUACCAUGGGCCCGAUGAAUUUGAGCGUUUUCUGAAAAAGAAUCAUAUAAAUCGCACCUCGACCCCGCUCUGGCCUCAGGCAAAUAGGGAGGUCGAAAGACAGAACAGAAGCUUGCUUAAAGCCGUUAGGAUUGCUAAAGCUGAAAAGAAGAAUAUCUGGACCGAGAUGCGAAAGUUUUUAACAGCCUACAGAACGACACCUCACAGCAGUACAGAUAUCACGCCGGCCAAACUCCUGUUCAACAGAGAAAUUAGAUCAUGAAGAUUCCUGAGCUGGGAAACUCGAGAUACUCCGACAGUGAGGCAAGAGAUAAGGAUGCAGAGAGUGAAGCAGGAGGAGGCCGACUAUGCUGACGAGAAAAGAAGAGCUCGAGAUAGUGACCUAGAACCUGGUCGUUUAGUGCUCUUAAAACAAAGGAAAGAGGAAAGACAAGCUCUCAACCACGUAUGGCGCACUUCCAUAUAUAGUUACCAAGAAGCACGGGAACGAGGUUAUCACAUCGUCACCCGAAACGUGAGGAGAAAUGUGGCCGAUGUUGAGAAAUACUUGAGAGAGGACACAACCAGAGAUGAACAAGUUGCUGAAGAUGACUCCUCCGAGGAAGAUAACACCGGAAGGAUAACAGAACCCGAAGGGAGACCAGUAAGGGAAAGAAGGCCUCCGGAGUACUCAAAAGACUACGGAGUGUACAAAUUCUGUUAA